ACAGUAAGUAAAUGAUACAUUCCACAUUUCUAUCUUUGGUUGCCAUGGUGGGUUGUGAUGUAGUUGGAAUUUUAUUUCUGAAAGGGGAUUUUUGAUUUCGUUUAGGGUUGAUUUAUAUCCAUGUUGGAGCUUUUUGGUAAUUGUUGUGGAAGAAAGAAAUGAGGUUACUUGUUGGGUUUAAUUUACGUUGGUUACUACAUUUUGGUUUUGGGUGUUUGUUAUGUGUUACUCAAUUGGUUUUUUUUGAAAGCGAAAUGGCUAAGAAACGAAAAAGAAAUUCGUCAUCAGAGAAAUUGAAGAAGGAUGUCAAUAGAGGAAAGACAUCUGGUAGCACAAAGAAAAAUGAUGUCAAUAGAGGAAAGCCAUCUAUUAGCACAGAGAAAAAAGGAUGUGAAUAGAGGAAAGGCAUCGGGUAGCACAAAGAAAGCAUUUGUGAGUGAUGCGAAAGCUUGUGAUAACAAAGAGGUCCACAUUGAGCACCGAUGCCAAACCAAAUACAUUGUUGAAGCAAAUUCCUUACUUAGUUGUAGUCACUACAACAGACUUGAAUUGACCCCAUUUUCUUCUUGCAUACGAAUAAAGAAAGAGUUGAACAUCAACUGUGGCUUGCUAAGAGAGGUUCUGAGUCUGUGGGUUCCGAACAGGGAAUUCAUCCAAGUUAGGCAACAAUUGGUUAAGUUAAGUACUUUAGAUGUGAGUAUAUGUUUGGGCUUAAGUGCAGUUGGCAAUGACAUUGUUUUUCAUAGUGAUUUGAGUGGGGAAGUGGGUUUGCUUUUCCCUUCAAAGGAAAUAAAGGUCAAUGACAUAAUUGAAAAGAUUCGUGACUUGGUUAGUGAGGCAGAUCAUGUGGAGAAUGUUUGCCGACUUUAUGGGCUUGAAUGUCUUGCUGUUUUAUUUUUUCCUAGGACUUCUAGGACUCUAACGAACCUACCUUUUGGUUAUUAGAUAACCUAGAUUCACUA